CCUGAAUGUCCUCUUUCGAAUGGUGAAAACCGCAGGUCUAUAUCUAGUUUCUAUCAAAAGUUAUUCAAUUUACAGUCAGGUGCAUUCUAUUUCGAAACGGAUAGUAGUUGCAACCAUUGUCAGACAGAAGCAAAAGAGUGAAAGAAAUUUCUAAUAAAGAAAUUGUUUUUUUUUUUUAUUAAAAGAUUGUCUUCAAACCAACAACUGAGAUACAUCUUCGUGAAGCUGAAAUUAUUGUUGUUAGUGUUAUUAAUGUAGCACCAUCACCGAAAGGAACAGAAAGUGGUGGUCAACUUAAUCAAUCAACAACACAUAUAGGUGCAUCACAAAGUACAUUAAAAGGUGGUAGUGAAGCAGGUGCAAUACGAAAUGUUAUUACGAAUCAACAACAACCAGUUGCACCUCCAGUUGAAGAAGAAGUAGCACGUAUUCGACUUAAAAUUUCAGCUAAAGCGACAUAUAGCAAAUUUGUUUUAAUGCCUGAAAAAGAAGUUAAUUUUGGUCCAAUGCCAAUGGGUACUUCGCGUCGUAUAGAAAAAUUUAUUAUUGAAAAUCAUGGUGAACAUGAUUUUAAAUAUAUUAUAUCAAAAUAUCAACGUGAAGCUUCACCACAAAAAUUAAAUAUCAAAGAUGUACCAACUCAAGGUCGUUUACAAGUCGGUCCAUUUAUAAUUUCACCUGCCUUUGCAAUGAUUAUGCCAGGUGGAAAUACAACUGUAUCUGUUGAAUGUAUACCUGAAUCAGAUGUACCAAGAAAAUUUGAAGAAGUAAUUCUAUUGUUUACAAAUUUUGUCUAUCCGUGA